CUGUAGGGCAGUACAACUACACAGCCACACGGAUGUGACGUUUCUCCUGCGCUCCCUGGCAAACAUGGCGGAGGUCAGGUUCUGUUUUGGAAGGGGAGCGCACGGAUAUGAACAUAAAUUAUUCAAACGCGACGUCCUAAGAAGUGUGAACGAACACAGUAAAAGUGCAAUAAACAAUUCGCCUCUCUCAGUCGGCCUUCUGGCGGGUUAUUCUAAAAACUGCGACCGGAAUGCUGCGCACAGAGUGACCCCCGGUUACGUAAGUGUAACACCGGUUCCUGACGCUGGUGACGAUGCGUGGGACAAGGAAAAUAUCGCCAACUAUGACGUUUAUCGGGGACUUAAAGUGUACUCACUUGAUAAAAACACCAGGGGCCCGACUGCAGGAGUAAACCCGCCUCGGUGCUGGAGUACCGCAAAGUGUCGGAGGACUUGGCGCCCCUUCAGUCCCUACCGUCAACGUGUGAGUUAUGGACACAGGCAUUGUGUGUUUAUCAGAGAAUACAACAACAACUCCACCCGAGCUGAGCCGCUGCAUAAAACCAAAACGGGCUAUUAUGACAUCCUGGAGGUUUUACCGUCCGCAACUCAAACCCAGAUCAAAACCGCCUACUACAAACAGUCCUUCGCCUACCACCCGGAUAGAAACGCCGGGAGCGAGGGGGCCACCGUGCGCUUCUCUGAGAUCAGCGAGGCUUACACUGUGCUGGGCAACAAGGCGCUGAGGAGGAAGUAUGACCGGGGACUGCUCGGCCUGGCAGACCUCGUCGCACCAGGCAACCGCUCCUCCUCCUCCUCCCGGGACGGCGACGCCGGGAGCUCCGCCAAAGAGCACACCGUGACACGGCGGUCUGUGGUGGACACGGACACACGCGAAGGCGUCUUCGACUUCGACAAGUUCUUCAAGUCGUACUACAGCGAGCAGCUGCAGAGAGAGAGAGAACUGCAAGCCCGCAGGGAGAAGCUGCUGAAGGAGAAAAGCGAGGCGAGCGAGAAUACGUUUGAGAAGAUGGAGGUGUGGGCCGGGCUGGUGCUGGCGAUGGCUGCCCUGUUUAUAUUCUGCUUGAAAUGAGGAGAAAGUAAAAAAACAAAACGUCAAAAGUGCAGGAUUUCUCUAUUUAUUCACACCAUAGAGAACAAAGUGCAUAAAGUCUAUGUAUUGAACUUGGAUGGAGCAUCUUUAUCCAUCAUUAUCCUGCUGUAAACUCCCUCUUCUUCAGCCAGGUAACUUCCACCCAAGUUUCACUCAUUCACUUGAGCAGCGCCAUCGUGAGGAGACAUGACGUAGCGACGCCUGGCGAGUGAAACCGAGAGGGACUGUUCACUUUAGAGCACCUUUAAUUUUUGAUUUAAAAUUAAAAAAAAAAUGAUGUUUGCCCUGGCAUAUCGAUGAGCGUAUUGAACGAGGAAGGACGACCAUAUAUCACCAACAUCGAUAUUUUCUUACCUAUUUUAUAGAGAGCUGUGACUCAGAUUCUGCAAUGGCGUCACUUUGGCCUGUUUUGCACAG